AUGUUCUUCUCAAAAUACAUCCACCUUGAUGAACAAAGUGUACCUACACCUCCCAGCCCAGCCCCUGCUCCUGCUCCCACCACCAGCCAAAUCAGCGCCGCUCCCACCUCAGCACCAGCUGCAGCUCCAGCCACCCCUCCAGAAACUGACGAUUUAAACACCUACAAGACGAGCUACUUGAUAGAUGAUGACAACAAUAUAAAGGAGGAUGAGUUCUCUGAUGAUGACAAAGAGUUGAGGAGUGAAGAUCCUAAGGAAUACUACUCCAAUGGAGGUCACCCUGAUAGCUUCAGCAAUGUCGGCAACAGUGCCUUAUGGGGCUAUCAAGGUUACAGGAGUGAACCACAAGGGAUGAGCGACACUAGGUUGACAGAUAAUGACAACAGCAAGUACUACUACAAUGGUGGCCGCCAAGGUGGCGCCUCAAGAAACAACAAUGCAGUAGGUUCUUACUAUACAGACAGGCAGAAAACGAGGUACGAGUUUGAUUCCAUGGAGGAGUAUGAGAAACAGGAAGGAUAUCCAGAUUUUCAGCUGGAUCACUUCAUUCCCUGAACAUUAUUGUCAGUCUUUAUGCAUAUGAUUGGAAAAUUGCUAAUACAUCGAAUGAGUAACGAAACACACAUACACAUGCAAGCACACAUGUGCCUCUGUACCAUGUGAUAAGAAUAUAUUGCCUGGAAUCAUUUUUUU